AUGGAACCCGAGCUCAAAGUUGCCAUCAUUAUCAAUUCUGAUUCCACCUCCGAGGACCUUGCUUUUAACCACACGGCUGGGGAUCUCGUGUCUAUUUUGUCCAGGGAAGGGAACUGGGGACCACCAGCAGUUCGCCUUAUCACGGACGAUGUACGCCAAAUACAGCGAGCAGUUUGCGAUUACACCGAUGGCCCUGACUGGCAGAACCUGGUUUUGCUAGUCCAGGGGACAGAUUCAACGACCGAUGAUCCUCUGCCUAAGGCUGUCGCUCCCUUAAUUUUUCGCUAUAUCUCAGGCCUUUCAAAGUGCAUGAUGGCCGAGUCAUCGACUCUAGCAUCCACAUCCUUUGCAACACUACCAAUCUCUGGUGUUCGCGGCAAAUCUUUGAUUCUCGCUCUACCAGGGCCCCCUCGAAACGUUACCCGGAAUCUCGAAGCAGUUGUAAAGCUCCUCCAUGCAUGCUUGCAAACCUCUGGAGCUCGCCUGAGUUCCUUUGCCGAACAUCCCCGACUUCAACCUCGAUCAAAUUCCCGCCAUCACCACAAUCAUCACCAUCGUCAUGGUCUCAUCUCCACUGUUCGGCCUGGCAAGGAUUAUCACACGUUACCACACCCUAUGCUCUCCGUGCAGGAAGCACUCCGCAGAAUCAGCGAGCAAACAUGUGCUCCUGUUGUGAUCAAGUCCCCAAUAACGACUUCUAUUAUUGGCUCAAUUGUUGCCGAGGAUGUCUACGCUGCAGAGGUGGUGCCAGAAAGUCGCAUUAGCAAAUUCAAUGCCAACGCCAACAUCGAAGUUGAAAACAGAGCUCUCAGUAGGCAUCAUAAGGACCAUGUUGAGAUACCGGUGGAUAGCGAAAUUGCGCUGCGUUCUCGCAUUUUUGCUCGCGGUGAUCUCAUCUCCGCGACCAGUGGUGACAUUGGCCUGCUUGCUGCGGCAGGAAUCCGAAGAGUCAAAGUGUUCAAGAAGCCGCGAGUGGGUGUCCUCAGUAUUGGUGAUGAGCUUAUGCAGCAGUCGGAUACCUGCGAUAAUGUUGACGACCGGAUCCUUGACUCGAAUCGCCUAGCCAUUUUAUCCUGUCUAAAAUCCUGGGAUUUUGAGACCGUGGAUCUUGGAAUCGUACGUGGAUCUGGGCAAUCCUUAUAUGAACUUUUUCAUGCGUCCUCUGGCAUCGAUGUGACGGUGAUUACCGGUAGCAGGUAUGAAGCCGAGCUCGAUCUUAAGCUCGCGAUCGAACGCUCGCUCGGCGGGACUGUCCUCUUUGAUCGAGUUUCUAUCAAACCCGGCGAGCAGACAACCUUCGCGACAGUAUCCACGAAGACUUCUUGGGGCAUCCAAGAGGAAUUCACGUCGAGACUCAUCUUUUCCCUACCUGGAAGCCUGGAUUCGGCCUUGGUUGCCCUCAAUAUUUUCGUCUUACCCUCCCUCAAUCAGCUUUCUGGUGCCUGCGAGGGCUAUAAUCCUCUAUUUAAAAUGCCCUUGAUGCCACCGCGGCUAGGUCUGCCUCGCGUUGCUGUGGUUCUGACACAUUACAUCCCUCUUGAUCAUGAAGUGACCGAGUAUCAUCGCGCUGUGGUUACGGGAUCUCGCUCUGAUGGCCGGUUGUAUGCCACUAUCAUUGGCGCUGGGCGGUCCAUAGGCCAGCAGUGCUCGUAUCCGGGAGGUACUGCCGAAGCCAACGCCCUAGUUGUUCUCCAGCCGGGACGGGGCGUCGGGAUCAAGGGCGAGAUAGUGGAGGCAUUGAUGAUGGGUCCUAUCUCCGGCUCAGAUACUCGAAUUAUCUGUUAA